AUGAACGGCUUCGCCGACCAUGGCCUGGACGAGGAUGCCUUUGGGGAGAAAGGCGGCAGCAGUAUCGUCAAGGCUUUCGAUGCAUUCCCAAAGGCGAAACCGCAGUACAUAACGAAAACCUCUGGCGGUGGGAAAUGGACCGUCGCCAUGCUCGCCAUCUCCUUUUUCCUCAUUACCAGCGAGUUCACGCGCUGGUGGCGCGGGUACGAGAACCACACAGUCGCGGUGGAAAAGGGAGUCGGGCACAACCUGCAGAUUAAUCUAGAUAUCGUGCUCAAGAUGGCGUGCAAGGAUAUCCACAUCAACGUGCAGGAUGCGGCCGGGGACCGGAUUCUGGCCGGGGAUAUGCUGAAGCGGGAUGCGACGAACUGGGCGCAGUGGGUGGACUCGAAGGGCAUGCAUAGUCUGGGGAAGGAUGCGCAAGGCAGGGUGAUUACUGGGGAGGGGUAUCAUGAGCGCGAGGAGGGGUUUGGGGAGGAGCACGUGCAUGAUAUCGUUGCUGCUGCUUCGGGGGGGCGGCGGGCCAAGUUUGGCAAGACGCCUAGGUUGAGGAAUGGCCCGGCUGGAGGGGAUAGCUGCCGCAUGUUUGGGAGUUUGGAUGUGAACAAGGUGCAGGGUGAUUUCCAUAUUACUGCUAGAGGACACGGCUACCAGGAAUGGGGAGCGGAGCAUUUGGAUCAUAAUGUGUUCAAUUUCUCUCAUAUUGUCUCGGAGCUCUCUUUCGGAGCUUUCUACCCAUCCCUCCUUAACCCCCUCGACCGCACCAUCUCAGCGACUCCCAACCAUUUCCACAAGUUCCAAUACUUCCUCUCCGUCGUACCAACUGUCUAUACCGUCGACGGUGCAACGCCCUAUUCCGGGCAUACUAUCUUCACCAACCAGUAUGCUGUCACUGAGCAAUCGCAUAUGGUUGGGGAACGUCAAGUGCCAGGCAUUUUCUUCAAGUACGAUAUUGAGCCUAUGCUUCUUACGGUGGAGGAGAGCAGGGAUUCAUUCUUGCGGUUUAUGGUGAAGGUGAUAAAUGUGUUUAGUGGGGUCAUCGUAGCUGGCCAUUGGGGUUUUACCUUGACCGAUUGGGCGAUACAGGUUCUUGGAAAACGGAGGAGGCAGAUGAGUGAGGGCGUCCUAACUGGGAAAGCACAUGAAAAUUACGACUGA